AUGGGAUUUGGUCUGGUGGUGUCGAGUGGAAAUUUGUGUGUGGUAGUGAAUGUCUAUGCAUCAUGUAGACUAGGAGAGAAGCGUAAAUUUUGGGAGGAGCUGAUUAUGUCUAGGCGAGGCUUUGGUAGGUUUCUGUGGAAGAACAGGGCAAGUCUCUCAGCUCAAAAGGCUAGGGUGAAGUGGGGCAAGGAAGGGGAUCUUAAUACAAAGUAUUUCCAUAGCGGAGGUAUAAAGAUUGGGGGUGGGAGCCAGGAAUUUCUUUACUACAACUUGUGGAUGACACUCUUGAUAAUGGGUGAAGCGACAAUGCAUAAUUUGUGGACCUUGAAAGCAGUCAUACGCAGUUUUGAGUUAGCAUCGGGUAUGAAAAUUAACUUCCAUAAAAGCUGCAUGUUGGGGGUGAAUACAGGUGAUGAGUUUGAAAGCUUAGCUGUUGAGUUUUUAAAUUGUAAGAUUAGGAGAUUCCCGUUAAAGUAUCUUGAGCUACAAUUAGGUGUCAACUCAAGGAAGCAUAGUUCAUGGAAAGGUGUGAUUGAAGCUUUUAAAAAAUGGUUAGCCUCAUGGAAGUAUAAAUAUUUAUCGAUUGGUGGGAGGGUCGCUUUGAUUAAUGUUAUCCUUAAUAUGAUGCCGUUGCACUCCUUGUCCUUUUACAAAGUGCCAAAGUCAAUGAUUACAGAGUUUGUGUCCAUUCAACGUAAAUUUUUAUGGAGGGGUGUCAAGGAUGUGUUUAAAAUCCCAUGGGUGAAAUGGGAUCUUGUGUGUUGUUCGCAGACGGAUGGUAGCUUAGGCAUUUGCAAUGUGGAGUGGUUUAACUGGGCCAUUCUUGAAAAAUAG